UUUUCUCAAAAAAGCCCGGAUGUUUGUAAAACCAGAAAUGACGAAGUGAACACACGAUCUAUUUUAUAAAUGUAAAUACAAUGGAUAUAAUGUAAGGAUAAUAUAACUGGAUAGUGGGAAUUUAAGUGUAGAUAUUGAAGUACAUAUCAGACAACUUUCAAGGAAUAUAGGCCUCGGAUUCAUACAAAAAUGUGCGCUGACAAGGUGAAAGUUGCCGUGAGGGUUCGUCCCUUCAACAGGAGAGAAAUUGAUCUUAACACCAGGGCUGUGGUUGAUAUGUCAAAUGAUGGUAUCCAAGAUCAGACAGUUUUGUACCACCCUUCCACAGGCAUCACAGGGAAGGAAAACAGUGAACACCAUGGCAGAAAAGCUCCAAAGACAUUUGCCUUUGACCACUGUUUUUGGUCAAUGGACAAGGCUGAGACCAGAUUUGCAAGUCAAGAACAAGUUUACAAUUGUCUUGGGAAAGAUGUACUUCAGAGGGCGUUUGAAGGCUAUAAUGCAUGUAUAUUCGCAUAUGGACAAACUGGGUCGGGGAAAUCCUACACUAUGAUGGGCAGCCGUAGUGACAAAGGAAUAAUUCCAAGACUUUGU